UCGAAUAUCGAUCGGUUCAUGCUCAGACGAUUUGGUUCUUGUAGCUCUCAAGGUGACUGAAAGGCAAGCACGCCAUUUAAAUUGAGCUGCAGAGUUGCCUGACCAUUAGUGUGUUUCAGUUGAACGAUAUUCACCUGUCUUCAUGGAUUUGAGAGGCACCAGUAGAGGAGGAAGAGGAACGUUAAGGUUCGACUUAAAGUUGGCUGUUGUCUGCUCAAUUUUCUUGGGCAUUGGCUCUGUGCUGUUCUUGGUCGCUAUAGGAAGCAGCAGCACUGGCACCGGAGCUUGUUUAGAGAUCAUCAGAAGCUGGAGGGAAAAGGUGGAAGCCCUUUCUUUCAGCGCUCCAGUUCUUAAACUUCAUGGGAAUCAGCGGCGGCGGGAGGUGGCGACGGGGAGGAGGGAAUUGGCGGAGGCAGGGUCUAGGCCUCCGAUUUGCGCUUACAAGUGCGGGCGAUGUAGCCCAUGCUCGCCGGUGCACGUGCAGGUGCCACCAAGUACUGCAGAGGGGGACGGGAAGAGGGACAGGGACGCCGCCGAGUAUUUGCCCGUGGCGUGGUGGUGCAGGUGCCACGGCCGCCUCUAUCAGCCGUAAACAACCACCUCUUCCAUGGCCACCACAUGUAUUCGGUAUGCCGUUAACAUAUAAUUUGUUGCGCUUUUUCGUGUGUAUAGUUUAUACGAGGGCUAUGUACAUACCUUUGUAUCAUUGUGGUGCUGUAUUAUUGUAGAAUAGUAAGCAAAUAUUCGAGUUAAUAAAUUCAGCAAAAUAUUUUAAAGCAUCAA